GAAACGCGACCCCCGCGGGGCCAGGCGCGGCGCGCGGGCGGCAGGAAGGGCGGGGGCCGAUUUCCCCCUCUGGGUGGUGCCGGUCCGCACCUCAGCGGUCCCGGACCGGCCGACCGGGCAGACGGACAGCGCGCCAGACAGACGCACACGUGCUGGGGCGGGCGCGCGAGCACCUCGGUCUGGUCGCCUGUCCGCGCCUCCCGCCUAGACGCGCCCGGGCCGCCGCGGGCCGUGCACGCCGAUGCCCGGCUGAGUCACGGGCCGGGUAGCGCGCGGGUGGGAAGGGGCGGAGGGAGCGCAGCCGGCGGGCGGACGGGGCGCUGGGCUCGGCCCCGCCGCAGGUGAUUCGGAGGAUUUCGCAGCUCGCCGCGCCCCGAGCGCUUUGUGUCCAGAUGCGGAACCCAGCGGAGGGCACGAGCCAGAUGCGGGACGACAGCUGACUUGCUGCGAGGAGGCAGGGAGGCGCGGAGUGCGCGGGUGGUCCCUGCACGACUGACUUCUCUUGCUGCCGGUUCCUGGACACCGCAAGAUAAACUUCUCACCAUGAAGGCCCCCACUGUGCUUGCACCUGGCAUCCUUGUGCUCCUGUUUACCUUGGUGCAGAAGAGCUGUGGGGAGUGCAAAGAGGCACUGGUAAAGUCUGAGAUGAAUGUGAACAUGAAGUAUCAGCUUUCCAACUUCACUGCAGAAACUCCCAUACAGAAUGUCGUUCUACACAAACAUCAUAUUUACCUCGGUGCCAUUAACUACAUUUAUGUUUUAAAUGAUAAAGACCUUCAGAAGGUUGCUGAGUACAAAACUGGGCCUGUGCUGGAACGCCCAGAUUGUUUCCCAUGUCAGGACUGCAGCCACAAAGCUAAUUUGUCAGAUAGCAUUUGGAAAGAUAAUAUCAACAUGGCUUUGCUUGUUGACACGUACUACGAUGACCAACUCAUUAGCUGUGGCAGCGUCCAGAGAGGGACCUGCCAGCGACAUGUCCUUCCACCUGGCAAUACUGCUGACAUACAGUCAGAGGUUUAUUGCAUGUACUCCCUACAGGCAGAAGAAGAGCCCAGCCAGUGUCCUGACUGUGUGGUGAGCGCCCUGGGAACCAAAGUCCUGCUGUCAGAGAAGGAUAAGUUCAUCAUCUUCUUUGUGGGCAACACCAUAAAUUCUUCUUACCUUCCAGAUCAUUCAUUGCAUUCGAUAUCAGUGAGAAGGCUAAAGGAAACGCAAGAUGGUUUUAAGUUUUUGACAGACCAGUCUUAUAUUGAUGUUCUACCUGAGUUCCGAGAUUCCUACCCCAUUAAGUAUGUCUAUGCAUUUGAAAGCAAUCACUUUAUUUACUUUCUGACUGUCCAACGGGAAACGCUAGAUGCUCAGACUUUCCACACAAGAAUAAUCAGGUUUUGCUCCGUAGACUCUGGAUUGCAUUCCUAUAUGGAAAUGCCUCUAGAGUGUAUUCUAACAGAAAAGAGAAGAAAGAGAUCCACAAGGGAGGAAGUGUUUAAUAUUCUCCAAGCUGCAUAUGUCAGUAAGCCUGGGGCCCAUCUCGCUAAGCAAAUAGGUGCCAACCUGGAUGAUGACAUUCUUUAUGGAGUGUUCGCACAAAGCAAGCCAGAUUCUGCUGAACCAAUGAAUCAUUCUGCUGUCUGUGCAUUCCCUAUCAAAUAUGUCAAUGAAUUCUUCAACAAGAUUGUCAAUAAAAACAAUGUGAGAUGUCUCCAGCAUUUUUAUGGACCCAACCAUGAACACUGCUUUAAUAGGACACUUUUGAGAAAUUCCUCAGGCUGUGAAGUGCGCAGUGAUGAGUAUCGAACAGAGUUCACCACAGCCUUGCAGCGUGUUGACUUAUUCAUGGGCCAAUUCAACCGAGUCCUCUUAACGUCUAUAUCCACCUUCAUUAAAGGAGAACUCACCAUCGCUAAUCUUGGGACAUCAGAGGGUCGCUUCAUGCAGGUUGUGGUUUCUCGAUCAGGAUCAUCAACCCCUCACGUGAAUUUUCCCCUGGAUUCCCACCCUGUGUCUCCAGAAGUUAUCGUGGAACACCCAUUAAACCAAAAUGGCUACACACUCGUUGUCACUGGGAAGAAGAUCACCAAGAUCCCGCUGAAUGGGUUGGGCUGUGAACACUUCCAGUCCUGCACUCAGUGUCUGUCCGCCCCUCCCUUCGUGCAGUGUGGCUGGUGCCAUGAUAAAUGUGUGCGUUUGGAACAAUGCACCAGUGGAACAUGGACUCAGGAGAUCUGUCUGCCUAUAAUCUAUGAGGUUUUCCCAACUAGUGCACCCCUGGAAGGAGGAACAACACUAACUAUAUGUGGCUGGGACUUUGGUUUCAGGAGGAAUAAUAAAUUUGAUUUAAAGAAAACCAGAGUUUUCCUUGGAAAUGAGAGCUGCACCUUGACCCUCAGUGAGAGCACAACAAAUAUGUUGAAAUGUACAGUUGGUCAUGCAAUGAAUGAACAUUUCAAUAUGUCCAUAAUUAUUUCAAAUGGUCAAAGGAAAGCACAAUAUAGUACCUUUUCCUAUGUGAAUCCCAUAAUAACAAAUAUUUCUCCAAGUUAUGGUCCUAAGACUGGUGGCACUUUACUUACAUUAACAGGAAGACACCUCAACAGUGGGAAUUCUAGACACAUUUCAAUUGGUGGAAAAACGUGUACUUUAAAAAGUGUGUCAGAUAGUAUUCUCAAAUGUUAUACCCCAGCCCAAACCACUCCAACUGAAUUUCCUAUUAAAUUGAAAAUUGACUUAGCCAACCGAGAGAUGAACAGCUUCAGUUACCGGGAAGACCCCAUUGUCUAUGAAAUUCAUCCAACCAAAUCUUUUAUUAGUGGUGGAAGCACAAUAACAGCUAUUGGAAAAAACCUGAACUCAGUUAGUGUCCUGAGGAUGGUAAUAAAUGUGCAUGAAGCCAGAAGGAACUUUACAGUGGCAUGUCAACAUCGCUCUAAUUCAGAGAUCAUCUGCUGUACAACGCCUUCACUACAACAGCUGGAUCUGCAACUCCCCCUGAAAACCAAAGCCUUUUUCAUGUUAGAUGGGAUCCGUUCCAAAUACUUUGAUCUCAUUUAUGUACAUAAUCCUGUAUUUAAGCUUUUUGAAAAGCCAGUGAUGAUCUCAAUAGGCAACGAAAAUGUACUGGAAAUUAAGGGAAAUGAUAUUGAUCCUGAAGCAGUUAAAGGUGAAGUUUUAAAAGUUGGAAAUAAGAGCUGUGAGAAUGUGUACUUACAUUCAGAAGCUGUUUUAUGUACGGUCCCCAAUGACCUGCUAAAAUUGAACAGUGAGCUAAAUAUAGAGUGGAAGCAAGCAGUUUCUUCAACUGUCCUUGGAAAAGUCAUAGUUCAACCAGAUCAAAAUUUCACAGGAUUGAUUAUUGGUGUUGUCUCAGUAUCAAUAAUACUUUUAUUAUUACUCGGGCUUUUCCUGUGGCUAAAAAGGAGAAAGAAAAUUAAAGAUCUAGGCAGUGAAUUAGUCCGCUACGAUGCAAGAGUACACACUCCUCAUUUGGAUAGGCUUGUAAGUGCCCGAAGUGUAAGCCCAACUACAGAAAUGGUUUCAAAUGAAUCUGUAGACUACAGAGCUACUUUUCCAGAAGACCAGUUUCCUAACUCAUCUCAAAAUGGAUCAUGCAGACAAGCACAAUAUCCUCUGACGGACCUAUCCCCCAUCCUAACUAGUGGGGACUCUGAUAUAUCCAGUCCAUUACUGCAAAAUACUGUCCACAUUGACCUCAGUGCUCUAAAUCCAGAGCUGGUCCAGGCAGUACAGCACGUAGUGAUUGGUCCCAGUAGCCUGAUUGUGCAUUUCAAUGAAGUCAUAGGAAGAGGACAUUUUGGGUGUGUCUAUCAUGGGACUUUGUUGGACAACGAUGACAAGAAAGUUCACUGUGCUGUGAAAUCCUUGAAUAGAAUCACUGACAUUGGAGAAGUUUCCCAAUUUCUGACCGAGGGAAUCAUCAUGAAAGAUUUUAGUCAUCCCAAUGUCCUCUCUCUUUUGGGAAUCUGCCUUCGAAGUGAGGGUUCUCCCCUGGUGGUCCUACCAUACAUGAAGCAUGGAGAUCUUCGAAAUUUCAUUAGAAAUGAGACUCAUAGCCCGACUGUGAAAGACCUUAUUGGCUUUGGCCUUCAAGUAGCCAAAGGCAUGAAAUAUCUUGCAAGCAAGAAGUUUGUCCACAGAGACUUGGCUGCAAGAAACUGCAUGCUGGAUGAAAAAUUCACUGUCAAGGUUGCUGAUUUUGGUCUUGCCAGAGACAUGUAUGAUAAAGAAUACUAUAGUGUACACAACAAAACAGGUGCAAAACUGCCCGUGAAGUGGAUGGCUUUAGAAAGUCUGCAGACUCAGAAGUUUACCACCAAGUCAGAUGUGUGGUCCUUCGGCGUGCUCCUCUGGGAGCUGAUGACGAGGGGAGCGCCACCUUACCCUGAUGUCAACACCUUUGAUAUAACAGUUUACUUAUUGCAAGGCAGAAGGCUCUUACAACCUGAAUACUGCCCAGAUCCCUUGUAUGAAGUUAUGCUAAAAUGCUGGCACCCUAAAGCUGAACUGCGCCCAUCCUUUUCUGAACUGGUGUCCAGGAUAUCAGCAAUAUUCUCUACUUUCAUCGGGGAGCACUAUGUCCAUGUGAACGCUACUUAUGUGAAUGUCAAAUGCAUUGCUCCAUAUCCUUCUCUGUUGUCAUCACAAGAUAACAUUGGUGGUGAAGGGGACACAUGAUGGAUGGAUACCCCCCCAGCCCUCUUCUGUGAAACAUCAUAGAACUCUCCAAACAAGUCCACACUUUGUCCAGUAUUUUUUUUACUGCCUGGCCAUUGAAAGGUCACCAGAUACUUUUUGCUUUUGCCAAAAUUGCACUAUUAUAAGACCUUAUAUUGUUACUUUAAGUGACUGGAUUCAGAGGAAUUUCUCAUCUGACAAAGCAACAGAGCCAGAAGCUUGGUCCCACAGGCCAGCGACCAAGUGGCAGCCAUCCAGCAGUGGGGACGUUCCUGUCGCAAUCAUGCCAAAACCUGAACUCCAGGUUGAUAUUUAAAAAAAUCAAGAUCCCACCUGAUUUCAUAUGGGGAACUGAGGCAAUGAAUUUUGAGGGCUUCUUGAUCACAGAAGAUUCAGGAGUGGCAGUGUCCAAGACAGACAUGACAGCUGUGGGACCAGGCAGGCCACUAAUUUAGAAUUAAAAUGUUUCAAAGAACUUUAAUGUGUUGUAUGGUCACUAACAUUUUUCAUUGCUGAUGUUGUCCUUUUAGGCAGACAUUCCCUUAUAGUUUUUGCAUAUGCAUUCCUUUUUUUGGAGAAAUAUCCAUAGGCAAUGCAGUCAGCAUUUCAAAACAGCAGAACAUAAAAUAUGUUUAUAAAUUUAUAGGGAUAUUUACAUAUUGUACAUAGAUGAAAUUAAGGUUUUCAUAAAAUAGUUUAGUCAUAAUGAAAUAUUUGGUUGUCAUUUAAAAGUCAGCUGUUUGAGAAUAAUAGUGUUCUAUGAAUGUGGACAUUUAGAUGUUUUGUCUAUUUUUUUUAAAUGAUGACUGAAAAUAAAACAAUUACUAGUGAUGAGUGUUUUUAAAGAUAACUAAGCAUGUUUUUAAAGCAGAAUACAUCUGACUAAAAGACUCAUUGGUUCCAAUCGUGGCUCCUAUGUAAAGCAAAGAAAAGAUUUGAUGGGCUGGAAAUAUUAGCCUCUUUCUCAGGUGGUAUCAUCCCACCCCACAAGCAAUUGGAGACAGUGACUUUGGGAGAUUGCAGUUUUUCACUAAAACAUGUUUCGUGUUAAGCAAAACAUAUUUAAAGAGGGGGAAGGAAAAAAGGCAGUUCAAAGUCCUGGCCAUUUCACCUGGCUGAGCAGUCACUCUGGGUAGGGCUUUUGUGACGUUCUGUUCUGUGGGAUUUUGUGCUUACUACUGUAUAGUGCAUGUGGCACAGGAUGCUCUAACUGGUUCUGUCUGUGUAAACAUUUAAAGUGUUUUAUUUUUAUAAAAAUGUUUAUUUUUAAUGAUAUAAGAAAACUUUUGUUAGGCCACAAAAUACUGCACUGUGAACAUUUUCAGAAAAGUUAUGUCAGGCUUGGAUUAAUAACAGCGUGGUUUUAAAUUACUGUAAAUAGUGAUAACGAACUGUACCGAUUGCCAGUACACCCCACCCUCAUUACAUCAGCAGGACUUGAAGCCAAGGGUUAACACAGCAAGCUAUAAAGAGGGUGUGUUACACUGAAACCCAAUAGUGGAGUUGGGCUGGUGUUGCAAGAGAGUGAUUACAACUAAAAGCUCUUUGACAGUGGUGGAAUUUACCAGAAGACACAAGGAACUGCAGAGAUAUUCCAAUUCAAAUAUUACUGUUUCAGAAGUAUAAAGAGUAAUAGUUAUGCACAGAAUGCUGCAAAUGGUAGACAACAAAAAUAAUCUCUGCAGAAAGGAAUAACGAUCUCUACUGAUGUAAAGAGAAUGAAUGCAUCAAGAACAGAAAGAGCUUAUGGAAGCAACCCAUCGAUAAGUCUGCACACCUGUACAUGUGCUUGAGAAAGUUGCAAUGUGAAAAUCAUGUUUGCUAUUUAUAAAUAUGUCCUUAGGUUAAUGUGUCUGGACAGAUUGUGGGAGUUAGUGAUUCUUAUAAGAAUUAGAUACUUGUCACUGCCUAUACCUGCAGUUGAGCUGAAUGGUACUUUGUAUGUUAAUAGUUGUUGUUCUGAUAAAUCAUACAAUUAAAAUAAAGUGAUGUAUCAUCUUGUUA